AUGAAUGGUCUUGCCCAGAUGAAUGGCCCUUGCCCAGUCGAAGCGGCCGGGGUAGACCCGCAAGAACCCCCAACUGAGGAACUCAUAAAUGUGAGGAAAACAUUUCUAGAAGAAGAGGCAGAUGAAUACACGAAGAGUAGUCGUCGAUAUUUACAGGACGAGGAGAACUACGUAAAUCGAAUAAAAACCUACAACGUAUGGAAUUGCCCUUGGAAAGGGAAGUUAAUGGAUCUAAAAAUUCUACACCUAGAUGGGGAAUCCUUAAAAAGGGAUAAACUACUUAGGGAAUACCAAAAUGUUGCCACGUUCAUGCAAAAUGGUACAAACGAUGUGCCAUAUGUUGACAUAAAAAAAACAAUUAGCGAUUUUCUCCUAAUUGUUAAAAAGCACCUCACCAAUGAGGACUCCAAGAAAAAGUUUAUGCUCUUCAAUUCUUACGUAGAAUUAUUCAAGAGCCAUUACGUGGAAAUAUUUAAAAGUCACAAAAAUCUGGUUGACCAAGGGAUACACCUUAUUCGAUCCAAUUACUUACAUUUGAAGAACCACCUUGUGGAUGAAGCAUUACUGAACAGUCUAUCAUAUGACCCCCUAGAUGUACACACCUACAUAAAUAUCGUAGCAGAUACGAAUGGUAAAGAACAGAAAAUUAGCCAUCCCAAUGUAGACCUCAACAUGUACCUCAAAAUUGUGAACCAGUUGAAGAAUUACGAAUUUGAAGAUGUUAAUAUUUACAAGCUCAUUGCUUUGUUUGGGUGGACAUAUAAAAUAUCUCCCCAGGGGGAAGACCCUAAUGUCACUUCUGAGAUGCUGUACUGUAGGUACUGCUUUAGGGAGGUUAACUUGGGUGAUUAUUCUACCCUUUCGAGAAGGCACAACAAGGUGGAUUUGUUCAAGGCCAUCGAUAUGAACUCCUCCGGGGAGGACGCCAACCUAUCGGUAGACGACGCGCGCGACGCGCUGGAGCGCCUCACCGGGUUGGCGGAUGGCUGGGUUGAAGUGGACGAAGGGGAGGCCGACGAAAGCGAUAGUGAAGUGAGAGUGGGAGCAGAAAAAGAGGCAGCAGAAAAGGGGGCAGUGGAAAAGGGGGCGGCAGAAAAAGAGGAAGCAGAAAAAGAGGCAGCAGAAAAAGAAGCAGCAGAAAAAGAGGCAGCAGAAAAAGAGGGAGAAGACCCCCCGGGGGAAGAAAAUAACGGCGGGGAAAAGGAGGGAGAAGAACCCCCGGGGGAAGAAAAUAACGGCGGUGAAAAGAAAGGUAACGAAAAUGUAAGCGAAGACGCGAAGGCCGACCCCAAUGAGGGAGGCGGCACAAAAGACCUUCCCACCGAGGGCGGGCGCGACGGCCAGGCGAACGCCGAGGAGCAGGAGGGGUUCUCCUUCAAAUGGAGCAUCAAGCAGUUCUUUCUCCCAAAAAAGAGCAUCGACAACGCAGAUAAAAACCAAAGCGCCGGUGACACCUCGCAAAGUGAAUGCCCCCCGACGAGCGUCAACCAGGGCGAAUUAACCCCAAAUGGGAAAGGGAACCCACUGUGUGCAAAGAAAAGAAGAAAAAAAAAAGUGCAAUUGAAAAAUAUACUUAGCCGCGUAUUCCUCGAGGUAAGUAGCUACACAGAGGACGAAAAUUUAUUUAGCAAAGCUGCGCAUGAUUGCUACGUAUUGAGGGGGGGUCCCCACUUGGCCCAUUUGGAUAAGGAGCGCACGUCAGCGGAGGACGGUACGGGUGGGGCCAACUGCACAGAUGAUACCGCGGGCUGCGAGAACACCGGUGGCACCACACAGAAGCGCACCAUUCGAGCGUUCAACUUGAUUGAGAACCACCGGGCCUUCUGUCCAUACAUGACGGAAGACCUGUACUCGUUCUCCAAGAUAACGAGGCUCCUCUUCGAGUUGGUCAUGUCGGAGUUUCAGCGGCGGUACGUCAUGAGGUAG